UUAGACGAUUCAAAUAAUCUGUCGCAUGACUUAUAUUUUUUUUACAUAUUAAUCGUAAUAUAUAAAAUAAGUUUAAAUGAUAAAUAAUGCUAAUAACAAACUAUUCAGAGGACGUAUAAUUGUAUUAAUUUGAAGUAACAUUUCCUUUUCUUCAUAAUCAUAGAGUAAUUCCCAUAUCUCAAAGACCCACACAAACUCCAACUCUCCCUUCUUUACACUAACACCCACUCACCAAAAACACUCCUAAAAACCUCCAAAACCCACCAACGAAACCUCCCAAAACCCACCAUGAAAAACUUAAGCAAACUUGGCAUAAUCCUCACCUCAAUCUUCUCCUUCCUCCUCUUAGCUCUCAUAUCCCAACUCUUCUACCUCUUAUGGCGUCGCCGCCAACAAUCCCGCCGCAAAAUCAACCAAAUCAAACCCACAAACACCACAAUCCCUUCAACCCCAACAAAUUUCCCAUCUACCCACAUAGAAUUCUAUAAAUUAGAGGGAUCUUACAGUCCUCCUUCAAGGGUUCUUUUCACCAUUAAAGAAGAAGAAAAAGAAGAUGAUCUUGUUUCUUCAGAUGAUAGAAAAUAUGGGGUUUGUUUAAAUGAACAUUUUGGUGAUGAUUUUAGGUCUCAACUCGAUGGUGCUGACUCAGUUGAGGUUAUUAUUAUGGUGAAUGACUCAGAUUUUGAUGUUGAACCGCCAUUCGUAACACCUUGUGAUUCUCCUCCUUAUUUUACUCCGUCGCCAUCUCCGACGAGGGAGAGUGGUUAAGUGGGUAGUGAUCACCGACUAUGUUUAGACUGGUGUCGAUGAGAUUCGUGUUGUAGUUUUUUUGUUCAAGAAUUUUUAUUUGAAUUUUGUAAGAAAUUAUUAGAUAAAUAGUUAGAUGGGUAGUUGGUGAUUGUAUAGGAAAAAUAGAAAUGUAGUUGAAUAAUUAAUUAAUAGUGCUUUAAACUUUAAGAUAUUAAUGAAAGUGCACCAUCUAGAAAAUUUUUCAUUUUUUUUAUAUGGUUCUUAUUAUUUUUUUAUAUAUUUGAUUAAAUUUAAGGUCAAGAAUCCCCAAGAGAGUACGGAGCGG